AAAUCGUCACAUCUAUCAUAGUGAGUUUGAGGACAUUGGACCGCACCCUGCAGAGGCCAAGCGUCGAACACAUGGCGUGCACCUUCCUCCGCCGCGCGUUCUCCCUCACCGCCGCCGGCACCCACGCGACCCCCCGAGUUGCCGCCGCCUUCGCUUCCACUUCCUCCUCAUCCUCCGUCGUCGUGCCUCUGCGCUCCCCACUAGACCACCGUCUUCUCCGCCACCUCCGCUCCGAGAUCACCUACCUCGCGGAGCGCCGCCCUCCCCACGUGCCGCCGAGUAGCUUCAAGUCGUUCGCCGUGGAGGACCGCCCGGGGGAGCAGUGGGUGCGCCUCCGCGCCAGCGCGGGAGGGGGAGGCGAGGAGGUGAAGGUCGAGGCCACCAUGUUCGACGGCGCUGCGGAGCCUGUCCCGGACGACGCGCCCCUCUUCCGCCGCGUGGAGUCGCUCGAGCGCGGGCCCCGCCUCCACCUCAGCCUCAUCGUCGAGGUCGCCCGGGGCGACCGCGUCCUCGGCUUCGUCUGCUCCGCCUGGCCCGACGACCUCGCCGUCCGCCACGUGCUCACGCUCGCAGCUGGCGGUGGCAGCAGUGGUGGUCGUCGUGGUGGGCGCGAUUUCGAGAAACUGGGGGGCGAGGAGAGGGAAGCGGUGACGAAGUUCUUGAAGGAGAGGGAGGUGGACGCCGAGCUCGCCGGAUUCUUGCACGACUACAUGGCAAACAAGGAGAAGAUGGAGCUGCUCCGGUGGUUGAAGACUGUCGAAUCAUUCCUUAACAAGUAGGAUAAGAUCGCACACAGAAGGUAAUAUGUUGGUGAAUAUGGACACCGCUGAUGUUACUGCCUAGUUUGGGAACGGGUACGCUCCAACAACAACUGGUGACGAUCUCCUGCAGUCUCUGUGAUCAUCCGCAUCUACCCCUCUGCUGACAAUUGUGUGCUGAAGAUGUUUGUUUUUAAUCAGCUUAGAUAGCUCAGCGCACAGCGCUCUUGGAAACUGGUGAUCUGAAUAUCCUACUGGUACUUUCAUUUCUUUGUGAUAAGAUUGUUCUCAACGGUGUAUCUUUUAAGAUACACCCCAUUGGGUUUUUUUCCCUUUUGCAAUAUACCAAAUCUCAUUUUGGAUUUCCAACCAGUUGCUAUGUGCGUGCUUAGAGUAAAAAUCUGCUCUUCUGAACUCUGACGGUUCAAUGUCGAAGGAGGAGCUGUAACGGUUGGAUUAAGCGGGGCGACGGCUCACAUUUCAGAAGCCUUCACAUGAUGGCAUUGACACACCUCAAUCCAACAGUCGUGCCACUGCCAAGCUCCAUCGCGCCACGCGUGAUGUACGUGAUUAUGAUCUCACUGACUAGCGGGCCCGCGUACAGAUUCAACCCUCCCCUCCCCUCAACGGCUAGUUCCACCUCCGCAUCCGUUGGGACAAAAGGGGGAAAAACCAGAGGGAACUUCACCAGCCACCAAAGUACCACACCUCUCCUCUCUCAAGAACCACCGCACUCUCUCUAGCAGGCCUCUGUUUUGUACUGUAAGCAGGCCUCUGUAGAGUUUGCAAAAUGAAAUUUGAAAUAGAAAAUAAAUACUGUAUAUUAUAUUGUUUGUAAAGUGAAGUUUGAAACAGGAGCGAAAAGGUAGAUAGUCACUCAGCUUCUCGAGAGAUCGCCAAAGACGCGGCGCCGGCAGCAAGUUCUGCGGCGAUGGGGCACAAGUACACGCCGACGUACUACUCGGGCCUGCAGGACACCAUCGCGUCGCUCUGCAAGUCCAUCCUGCCCUCCUUCCGCGUGGGCCGGCGGCUCACCUCCGACCAGGCCGCGGCGCGGCGCCACGCCGAGCAGCUCAAGUGGCAGCAGGAGUCCUUCCACCGCAUCCUCCACCUUGCCGCGCUCCACCGCGAGGGCAUCGUCCCGGCCCACGACGUCGCCGCCUUCCGCGGCACCAUGCUCGCGGCGCUCGUCGCGCCGCCGCCGCAGCACCCCGAGCAGCCCGCGGUGCUCCGGGACAAGCUCCUCUUCCUCCAGGAGCUACUCUACGCCAAGUGCGUCUCCGCGGCGGAGUACAACGCGUCCAAGGCGCCCCUCGUGCGGCGGCUCGCCGCGUUCGGCGGCGGCGUCGUCGAGUGCCCCGAUGCCGAGGCCUCGGCCGAGGAGUGGUCGGAGAUCGACCUCCGUGACCCGCCUCCUCCCGCCGGCGCGGCGUCCUCCGACAAACCGAAGCACAAGGCCUUCAUCACGCCGUGGGAGAGCAGAUCCAGGAAGGAUCAGGACGCGAACCGCAGCGCAUCAAGGCCGCCGCUGGCCCCGGUGGAUCAUAACAACGCCAACAACGCGUCGGUCCUCAUGCCCGAGUAUUCUCCGUCGGAAGCGGUGCCCUGCAGGAAGGCGGAGAAGGGGAGGAGGAGGCAUCUGGCGGGGAUGUUCCACAGUGGCGGCAAUGGCACCGAGAACAAGGAGCCUGCGGGGGAGGAAGGGGGGGUCGACGAGAAAGCGACGGUGAAAUGUAAGAAGAAAAGCUCGUGGGGAUUCGAUGGCAUCAAGAAGUGGAAGAAAGCUGGCGCCUGUAAUAACAAUGGCGAGGCGGCAGCCACCGGUGAGCAGCCGCAGCGUACUCCUCCGCGCUCAUCGUACAGCGAGUGCCAAUUGGAGGCGAGCCCCAUGGCUGCAUCUGGCCCGGAUGCCAAGAGGGCCAAGACGAGGCUGCACUCCAGCACGGAUGAUGACUGCUUCUGAGCUGCUGCGUGAUAAGGUAGUGUGAAUUAGUGACUCCUCUCAUCAUGUAUAAGUUGGUUAAGUUACGAUUUUCAUCUGGAAUUACUGAAGUGAAGGUCCUGGUGGAAAACACAAAGAAAGAACUCUGUUAUUGGUCAUUUUUUUUUAUAUAUUCUGUUUCCCAAAGAUGGAUGGCUCUUGGAUUUGCAGGAAUCAGCAGAUCGAGGCCAUCUCAACAAAGCUUCAGGUGGACAAGUCUGACCUCAAGCCCUUCUUGCCAAAGUAGAUCACUGGAUCAUCCAUCAUUCAGAUUAGGCGCAUGAUUUCUCAUAAACGAGAUAGUGACACUUUUUAUGCUUUUGUUACUGGUAUAAUGGUAUUGUUGUACUUAGGUUCAAUUGUUACAUUGGACCAGGAGUUGCUGUUUAUGGCGUCAUUUGUAUGAUUGGAGCCUACUUCCCAUUGAUUCCUUGAAUGCACAUCAGCUUUUCUCUC